AAACUUAUUCUAAAAAAUAUCCCAACAUAAUAUCAGAAUUAUGUAAAUUAUUUCAUGAAGGUUGGACUUAUAUUAUAGAUAAAUAUAUUGGACGUGGACCAACAGGAAAUAAUAAUUUUCUUUCUUGUCAAAUUCUUAAUUCAUAUCCUUAUUAUGAAAUAUGUUAUGAAUCUCAAUGGGAACCUUAUUAUAUUUUAUCCAAAAGUGCACCAUUAUAUGAUGAAUGUUUUUGUAAUCAAGGAGGUAGAGGUUUAAAACAAGGACAAUUAUCUAAAGAUCAAUUUAAUUAUUUUAAACAUUAUAUUCCUGAGAUACAAUUUCAAUAA